AUGACUACUCCCGAGGCGGAUUCGGUCGCGUCGCCGCCGGAGCCGGACGAGUGGGUGGACUCGCCGGGGCCGGGCAGCGAGGUGUCGCGCAGCCAUUGGAUGCCGGAGGAGGCGUUCAAGCGCUGCACCAAUCCCGCGUGCGGAAAGGAGUUCACGCAGCGCCGCCGCAAGCACCACUGUCGGUGCUGCGGCAACGUGUACUGCAGCAAAUGCACCAGCUACGUGCUGCCGCUCAACCCGCUCAGCGCCAUGAUCGAGGCGGGAGGUGUGAAGGCGAAGGUCUGUGAGCUGUGCUACGAGCGUGCAGUGGACGAGGGGUAUGCGGAGAGCACAGGCAGCCAGGGCGACGCAGAAGCAGACGGCAGUGUGCACGGCGCACAGGGGUAUCUCGGAGCAGAGUCCCCUGCUGACGCACCUGCUGACAGCCACACACACGCAUCAGCUGCUAAGUCAGGCCCGUCAGGCUUGACUGCGGAGCAAGCAACCUCCCCCAACUCCAUCCUCUCCUCCUCCCCUUCCUCCUCUGCUGCUACCCCUGCUGCCGCCACUGCCAACAGCAGCGACGGCAGCAGCAGCGCCUCAGCGCCACCCCGCUCCUCCUUCGACUCAUCCAUCCCACGCCCCUCCAGUGCCGGUCCCUCCACUCUCUCCGACCGCCUCUCCCACGCGCGCCCGCCCUCCUCCUUAGAGGAAGACAUAUUCGGCGCCCGCCCUCGCCUGCGCGCUGCCAUGCUGGAGGACCACCGCCCACACUCCAGUGGGGGGCGCGUUGCUUCCUCCGCCUUCCCCCGCUUCAACUCCAUUUCGGGUGCUGGCAACGCACUGGGAAGCGGCACCGGGGGUGCUGGUGGGAGGGGGAGUGGGAGCAUCAGUAUUGGUGGGGUUGGCAUGGGAGGCGGGUUGCGGGGCAGUGGCGGCAGCGGGGACUUGUUUCAGCGCAGCACCACGCUCUCUGCCUCGCAUGAGCGGGCCAUAAGGGGCCAAGUGAAGAGCGUGCAGCUGCACGACCUGCUGGCCGCCUGGGAGAAGGGCGAGAGCGUUCUCGACUCCACGACCACAACAGUCUCCCCUCUGCCUGCCACCUCACCACUGCCCACCGCCGCCCCCCUGCCUGCCGGCUCACCCCUGCCCACCACGGCCUCCCCUCUCACACUCCUUGCAACCAUCUCGCACCGCAUGGGCCUCGCUCCCGCCCCCCCUUCCCCUGCCACUGCUCUGGAGCAGCGCCACGAGGGCAGGGGAGAGAAGGGGCACAAAGAGGCAGCGGAGGCAGCAGCAGCAGGGGGGACGGGCAAGGGGCCAUCAGCGGAGGCGAUUCAGCGCCUGCUGUGGACUGACGGCGAGCCCACUGCCGUCCCUGCCUCUGCCGCUGCUGCCGCCCCUGACACUGCUGCCACUGCCGACCCUGCAGCAGCUGCAGCGUCACCAGGAGACACGUCUCCCCAAGGCAGGGGCGAGGCACUGGACGAGGUGAAGCGCAGCCUCGCCGCCUCCAUGGGCGCUGCUGGGGGGGGCGGAGAGGGGCGCACUGCUGCAGCCAGCGGCGCAAGCAGCGCACCUCACGAGCCCAGCACCACCGAGGCCAAGGCACCUGGGGCGGUAGCGCCCGGUGCAAGUGGCGGGGCAGCGGCCGCGCCGUCUGCCUCGGCUGUGCGGGCGGCGCCGGCGUCGCUGCUGCAGUGGUCGUCCAGCGAUGUGCUGCACUGGCUGCGCUCCUCCGUGCCCUUCCGCUCCGCCCCCGCCUCCCACUAUGCUGCUGAUUUUGAGAAGGCGGGAGUGGAGGGGAUCACACUGAUGGGCAUGACACGUGGCCACCCUGCAUUGGCCAACAUGCGGCCUGCUGACCUCGUGGCGUUCGAGAUGGCGAGUCAGGUGGAGCGCCGGCGAGUCGUGGCGGCACAUGCAACAGGCCAGCCCACUCCAGAGCUCGCCCCUCGGCCCGCCACAGCUGUGGGGGUCACCGGGAUGGACUCGCAGCACCUCAGGCCUGGCCAGGCGGGGCAGCAGCAGCAGCAGCAGCAGGCGAAGCUGGUGCCGCCGCGGCAGUUCCGUGCUCUGCAUCUGGACGGCUUCUCCUCUGCCAGCUCAAGGGCCACCACCCCAGCAGACACACCCCACUCCACAGACUCACGCAUUCUCAACCCUGUCCCCGCCCGCCCUGCCACUGCUGCUGCUGGCAGCGGCGGUGGUGGGGGGCAGAAGAAGGGGGCGGGCAGCAGUGGCAGCGGCGGCGGGUGGCUGUUUGGGUGGAGCAGUAGCGCUGCCAAGGACAGCCCAGCCAGUGCGGAGGGAGGGGAGGCAAGGGACGAGGUGGCAGCAGCGGAGGAGAGGGAGCAGACGGCAAAAGCCAAGCUGUCGCAUCUGGAUGCCAUGCUCAAGCGAUCGCUGCUGGUGGAGUACCUUCACACGCGCCAGCGGUGGGCGCCCAUAGGGGGCGAGGGACCCCUGCCAGUGGAUGACCCCGAGGCGGAGGAUGAGUGGCUGCCGCGCUUCGUUGCUCUCUCCGCCAACGAGGUCUCCUGCUACCGCCAGGCCUCAGACCUGGACCCGGAGGUGAGCAUCCCGUUGGACAGCGUGGCGGCAGCAGGGACACUGGAAGCAGGGGGCGAGGCGGGAGAGGAGGCGGAGGACUGGCUGGUGUUCCACCUCACCACGGGGUACGGGCUACGCCUCGAAUGCGGCACUCGCAGCCGCGUCAAGCUGCAAUUGUGGCUUGCCACCAUCCACGAGGCGGUGGAGAAUCUGCUCGACUUCCUCCCGUUCAAAUGCGAUGCGUGCCAUCAGCCUUUUUGUCUGGACCACCGGUCGUACGGCGCGCACGAGUGUCCCGACGUCCACAUUAAGGACGUUACCGUUGCCGUCUGUCCCAAGUGCUCCUCUAGCUUCAGGACUUCGCGAUUUGAAGACGCCGAGAGAGCCCUCGCGCGCCACAUGGGAGGCAGCGACUGCCAGGCAGCAUCGGCGGAGCGGAGGACCAAGUGUCCGGUGCGUGGUUGCCGGCAACGACUGACCACUUCGAAUCGCGCCAAGUGCAGGUCGUGCGCGGAGGACCAUUGCCUGCAGCACCGCCUCGCUUCUGACCAUCACUGCGCACACCGCGCCACAUCGUCCGCCACGAGGCCCACACGCGCGGAGGGUAAGGGGGCGGGGCAGCGGUUUCUGGAUGCGCUAGCAAAGCGCACUGGCGGAGAGUGUGCGCAAAGCAGCUCUUCUGGUUCAUCCUCGGAUAGCACGAAUGCGGGAGUCGGUGUCAACCCAAGCGUGAAGGCCCAUUGA